AUGUUGCAAAUAGAUUGUAUUCUAAAAAAAUAUUUUAUUUUAUGUAAGAUCCAAUUAUAUUUCUCAAUUUAUAUUUUACAGCGGGUGGCUACUACAUCAGACAAAGACUUAUAUAUUGAUAACACUUCGAUUGAAGAAUCUUCAGGAGUAUAUCCAAUCGAUGAUGAUGACUACUCCUCUGGGUCUGGUUCAGGGGUGGCGGACGUUGAUGCUGAAGAAGAUGCAGUACAGCUGACGACCCUCCGAUCACUUCCAGAGAGUCCACCCACUAGUGAUGCUCCAGUUAUAGAGACGACUACACUGAAGAUGCAGACGAAACUUGUAGUGGUAGCAGGGGGGCCUCAGAUAAGGAAGACUGAAGACACCGUAGGAAGUAACCCCAACAGUGAUACAGACGUGUACACAGAGAAGCAGUCAGAGAACCUCUUUCACAGAACAGAAGUACUUGCAGCGGUUAUUGCUGGUGGAGGCAUCGGCUUCCUUUUUGCUGUUUUCCUCAUCUUGCUGCUUGUGUAUCGCAUGAGGAAGAAGGAUGAAGGCAGCUACGACCUGGGAGAACGAAAACCAUCCAGCGCCGUCUACCAAAAGGCACCUACUAAAGAGUUUUAUGCAUAA